AUGUCUUCUGCGCAGCCACAAGCAGGCGGCAUCAUCAUUAUGUCUCACGUGACUCCUCGAGAUGCUUCAACGCCCGGAAACGAGGAACAGCGAAGUAACAGCUUACCAUCUGAAAAAUCCCUCUCCAAAUUUUUCAAAGGGGAGCCCGAGGUUCUGGGCGUGACUCAGAUAUUUGUAGGAUUGCUGCAUAUCAGUCUUGGAGUAAGUCUUUAUAAUUUCUGUAAAGGAAGAUGUUUUCCGCUGGAUAUACUUGUUCAUAGCAGCGUGGCGCUUUGGUCUGGAAUCCUGUAUUGUAUUUCUGGAUCACUGUCUGUCACCGCCGCUAAAAAGCCAACAAAGAGAUUGGUAAAGGCAAGUUUAAUUCUCAAUACAUUGAGCACGGCGUUCUCAGGAGUUGCCCUGUUCAUAUUCUUCGUUUUUUUCCUUCAUGGAUCAAACUAUUUCAAGAGGUACGCCAAGUACACGUACUGUUAUUAUUUGGAUCCAAUGGAGGAUUGUAAAGGGAAUUUCAACCCAGUGCAUGCUGUGAUGGGCAUCGUGGUCGUUUUAUUUCUUCAUGCGCUGCUGGAGUUUUGUGUAUCGCUAUCCAUGUCUAUUUUUGGAUGCAAAACGGUGUGUCGGACGUCGGAGAGUGACGUGGCGGUGGUGAUUUACCAAAACGCUUCGAUCAAUGUCCCUGCAGAUUCUGGGGCAAUUACACAGAGUUCUGAUCAUCAAUAAAGGAUCGACUUAUAUAUCAUGAAAAUAAA